AUGAUUACUCGAAUAGAAACUCUACCUAAUGAAAUUCUUUUUCAUAUGUUUUCUUGUUUAUCAUGGCCUGAUAUGUUAAUAUCUUUAUGGUCAUUAAAUAUUCGUUUUAAUUCUCUUGUGUGUUCAGUUCUUUCAAUAAAUGACAAUAGAUCGAAUAGUGGUAUUCUUAUUAGCCAAGGUUCAUCUUAUAAUAAAUGUUCUUCAAUAUUAUUUCCAUUGAUUAUAAAUUCAUCAUCUCUUUCUUCUUCUAUUCAACGAAUUCAUUUGGAUGAAACAAAUUCAAUAACUUGUGAUCUUAUUUAUGAAUGGUUGUUUAACGAGAAAAAAUUCUUUCAUUUUCCUAAUCUUAAAUCACUUAUUCUUACGCGAUGUGGAUCAAUUGAACCAGUAGUUCGAAGUUUAUUUUAUCUUAUUGAACAUCAAUUAGAUGAACUUACAUUGACAUUUGAUCAGCAAGUGUUCAGACGGUUUUUUUAUGAAAAAAAAUAUGCGCGAGUGAUUUCGGGUACAGGUAAUUAA